AUGGCGUCCACCGACGCCUCAAAUCCCCACGAGACAACGCCCCUCCUCCAAGAACAACAACAUCAACACGAUGAAGAAUCCCCCAUCUCACCCGCAUCGCCAGAACCAACACCUCAAGACCCCGAAACCGAAACCACGGUCCUCCCCACAACCCCCUUAACCCCCACCCGCCUCUGGCUAACCCUCUCCUCCGCCUACGUCGGCGUCUUCCUCGGCGCCAUCGACGCCUCCAUCAUGGCGACCCUCUCGGCCCCGAUCGCCAGCGAAUUCCACUCCCUCUCCCUCCUCUCCUGGCUAGCCACCGCCUACCUGAUCGCCAACGCGACCUGUCAGCCGCUAUCGGGCCGGCUGACCGAUAUUUUUGGACGGGGGCCAGGUCUGGUGUUCAGCAAUGUGAUGUUUGCACUGGGGAAUUUGUUGUGUGGGUUGGCGAGGGAUGAGGGGGGGAUGAUUUUGGGGAGGGUGGUGGCGGGUGUUGGGGGCGGAGGGUUGAUGAGUAUUAGUACGUUUUUGGCGUCGGAUUUGGUGCCGUUGAAGAAGAGGGGGGUUGUGCAGGGGGUGGGGAAUAUUGCCUAUGGGUCCGGCGCGAUGCUGGGCGGCGUCCUCGGCGGCUUCAUCAAUGACACCUCAUCCUGGGGCUGGCGGUUGGCCUUCCUACUGCAGGUCCCCAUCAUCGUCGUGUCCGGUUUCCUGGUGUGGUACCUCGUCGACGUCCCGCCCAAGGUCUCCAACAAGUCGCUCCUGGCACGCAUCGACUUUGGCGGUUCCCUGUUGACCGUCGGCUUCUUAGUGCUGGUGCUGCUCGGCCUCAACGCCGGCGGAAACAUCGUGCCGUGGACCGACCCCCUUGUGCUGGCUACCCUCCCACUUGGAGGGGCCAUGCUGGCGGCUUUGAUCUGGUGGGAGAGUAGGGCCAAGCAGCCUAUCGUCCCUGUGCGGUUGCUCCUCGAUCGGACGGUACUCAACGCUUGUCUUACUAGCUUUCUUGCAACCAUGGUCAUGAUGAUGACUAUCUACUACCUCCCCCUCUACCUCCAAGUCCUAGGCCACUCCGCGACCCAAGCAGGCCUACGCAUCCUCGCCUCCUCCUUCGGCGUCUCCAUCUCCUCCAUCGGCUGCGGCCUCAUCAUGAAGCGCACCGGCAAAUACGUCCGCCUCGGGAUAGCCACACUCCUCAUCUACACCGCCUCCCUCUCCUUCACCGUCACCCUCGACCAGCACUCCCCCGUGUGGGUCCCCUUCGUGGCCAUGGCCCUCCACGGCGUCGGCUACGGCGGCAUGUUGACCGUCACGUUGCUCGCCUGCAUUGCCGCCGUCGACCACACCCACCAGGCCGUCAUUACCUCGGCUACCUACCUGUUCCGCUCUGUCGGCGCUACCUUGGGUAUCACCGUCGCGUCGGCCGUGUACCAAAAUAUCUUGCGGACUGCGCUGUGGGCGCGGUUUGGGGAUCUGCCUGGCGCGGCGGAGGAGAUUGAGCGUAUCCGGGAUGAUUUGGGGGAGAUCAGGAGGUUGCCGGAGGGUUGGUAUGAGGGGGUGAUUGCGUCGUUUAUGGAGGCGUUUCGGGGCGUGUGGGUUAUGGGUUUGGUGUUGACGUUGGUGUCGCUGGCGAGUAUCUCAUUGAUGCGGCAGCAUAAGUUGCAUGCCAAUUUGGCGAGGCAGGAGGAGUAG